GAUUCUAAAGUCUUUUUCAGGCGUUUCCAUUUGCCUAAAUUGUCAUAUAAGUUAAUAUUAUUUUUCAUUAUCAAACCAUUGUCCUAGAUUGUUGCGAUAAACGAUUCAAGGCGCUUCUCGUACCAGAGACGAAAUCCUAUCUCCUUAAAGUACAUAAUGACCCUGUGUAUCUGUGACUAUUUCAAACGCUGUCACUUUCACGAUCUUCCAUUGCCUGAACCUGGCUGGACUCCAAUAAGAAGUGGAAAAAGUGAUUCGAAGCCUUCUGGAAACUACAAACGACGACUCAAGCUUAAAGUGGAUGCCAUCUCGGGAAACUAUUGGCUUAAGGAGUUGCAACAGCAGAGGGUUUUGUUUCAAAAACUAAUAGUGGAUAAUGGCAUCGAAGUGAUUUGGUUAGAAUUGCAUCCACCAGCAAAGAUGUCCAUUGAUUAUAAGUGGGCCAAUAUGCUGGCUCAGACUAUUUGGCAACACAUUCAGGUGGAGCAAAUGAUGUCCUGGCUUUCCACAUUAGGCGGUGGUUAUUCAGCUUUGGGUGAACAGUUCGAAAGAUGUGCUGAAAAUGCUGGCAAAAUAUCGCAAACGCAGCUCAAGAUCGGCCUCCAUCUUGGCAAUCCUUUUCUUCAAGCGCGUUGCAAACUCUUUUACAGCAUUUCCCUUAUCCAGCGCGGAAAAUUGCGUCAUGCCAAGCAUCUAAUACGUCGCCAAUAUAAGUUUGCCAAGACCUGUCGGGAAACCGAUCGACGCUUAUUGCGGAUGUGUCGUGGUAUUUGGUUGCGUCUUCAAUUCGAAUACCACAAGAGAUACUCGUAUGAAUUGGCUAAUAAAAAGGUGAUUUCCUUAGUUUUAUAUAAAAAUGCUGAUCAUGCCUUAUGUGACGACUGGAGAAACUUAGCUUGACCACAACCUUAUGAUUGGAUCAACAAAAGUAAUUGCAAUAAAGUUAAAAUACUUAUUAUAGGAUAU